GAUGGUCACCUGCAGUCAUGUCAGCUGCGCACCUGCCCAGGUUUGACUCACCUGUGAGGAACGUGAACACCUGUCUGUCUCCUGCAUAGUGGGAACUCUACACGUGAGAAACAGCUUUACAGGCUGCAGUGAUAAUGCAGGCAAAGCAAUGGCUCCUGGCCGUGACGCUGACGACGGCUCUGCUCCUGUUGUACUACAUGCACGCGGUGGGGGGGCCGGGAUGGCACGCUGUCAUGGCAAGAAAGAAAGCAAUUCAGCCCACGGCUGCAAGAGUCGAUGCCCUGCAGCCAUAUACUAGGAGGACUGCCUCGACAGUAGAGAGGAAGAACCUCACCUUCAGUCCACACGAGAUUGACUCCAAGAGUUUGUUCAGGGCCGCCGACAUCGAGGCCUAUCCGGAAACCUGCGUUCUGUUCAACAAGUCGCGGCUGCUGGCUGAGAUGCUGGUCGUCGUGGCAACCACCCAGCAGCCAACCACGGCGCCCGUCGACGUCGGGACCCUCGGGCAAGAGCUGCUGUUACCAUGGCAACAGAACAGGACCGCUUCUCAACAUCUCAUGGACGAACUCAAUAAUUGCACAAGCACCCAGGCCGAAGCCAUUCUUACCCGGGCCAACACCAGAAAUGGGCAGAACAUUCGCUACUACAUCCAGCAUGAGAAAACCUACCAGGCAAACCGCAUGUUCUACAACACACUACCCAGGACGUCCCCCCUGCCCCAGACGCCGUACAGACGCUGCAGUGUAGUGGGGAACGGAGCUGUGCUGCUCGGCCGCAGGUGUGGCGCUGAGAUCGACAAGGCAGACUUCGUCUUCAGGAGUAACCUCCCACCGCUGACUGGUAACUUCACUCGGGACACGGGACGGAAGGCCAACUGGACCACAGCUAACCCCAUCUCACAGCUCAACUGGAGGUUCAACCUGCUGAGUAACAAGCCUGCGCAGAAGGAGAAGUUUGUUCGGCACGUGCGGCAGUACAGCGGGCUGCUCUGGGUCUCUGCAUUCGGGGUCAAAGCUGCUACAACGGUGGCGAUUCGAGCCCAGCGUGUUCUGCGGGAGAAGAAGCUGAGUUCUCUGGCCGUGGUGUACGGGAAUCCUCGCCACUUCGCAGCCGUGCGAGACUUCUGGGCUUACAACGGACUCAGCAUGCGGCUGUCAACAGGUAUCUACCUGACGACCAUCGCCAUGACGAUCUGUGACGAGGUUCACCUGUUCGGAUUCUGGCCCUUCGACGUGAGCCACUCCGGAGAGAAACUUCUCUAUCACUACUACGACAAGCCCGACACGAAGAUGAACCCGAACCUUGACCCCGCCUUCCUGCACAACCUGCCCAAGGAGUUUCUCAAGUUGGUGGAGUUGCACAGAAGAGGCGUUCUCAAGAUACACCUCGAGACUUGUAUCUACCUGACGACCAUCGCCAUGACGAUUUGUGACGAGGUUCACCUGUUUGGAUUCUGGCCCUUCGACGUGAGCCAUACCGGAGAGAAACUUCUCUACCACUACUACGACAAGCCCGACACGAAGAUGAACCCGAACCUUGACCCCGCCUUCCUGCACAACCUGCCCAAGGAGUUUCUCAAGUUGGUGGAACUGCACAGAAGAGGCGUUCUUAAGAUCCACCUGGAGACUUGCCAGCAAAUGUCUUAAGAAUCACCUGGAGAUGCUCCAGGAAACUUCUUCAAAUCCACCUUAAAAUCCACCUUGAGAUUCACCAGGAGACGUGCCAGCAAACGUUUUAAUUCUUGUUCUGCGGAUCACAUAUAUACUUUUAUAUGGGUUGCACUUACAGUACCACCCAUAUAGCACCCUGUAUAUGGGGGUAUUUCUUAUGCAACACAUCACAUGAUCACACCGCAGCGAAACGCAACGAAUGUGGAAGCAAGACUGAGUGAUUCGGUUGAAAAUUCCGGUGAGUCAAAUUUUGAGUUGAAGAACAGUUUAACUUCUUCAGAAUGUGAAAUUAACUUCGCCACCGCAGGGCAAAAAAAGUCAAGGGUCUGUGACCUGAUUAAGACAUCAAAUUAUUUGCAAAUAUUGUGUAAAAAAAAAUGCCAGCAGGACAAAGAUCCACCUCGAGACAUGCCAGCAAACUUUUAAGAUCCAUGCACUUGGAGAGAUCUUAAUACAUGCCAACUGCUUGAGAUUCACUAUGUGCAAUGGUAGGAAAUCUUCAGGAGUGAAGACAAGAUGCUGUGCCAAGAACCACCUGAACACCUGGGUGGCUACUUCAGGUGUUUUUAGUAAGGCCAUGUUGAUUUGAUUAUAUGGAUGACAUCCUCCGGGAGCCCCAAAACUGAUGCGCGCGUGACGAAAAAAAAAAGUUU